GAUUCUUGUCUAGUUGAUUCGAAAACUGAGAGUUGAUAUUGCUUAUCAGCGGUUAGAAAAUGGGAAAGAGCCGAGUGAUGUUGCCGGCGAACGAAGUUGACCUUGCGGAAAUCAAGUAUGAAACCGAGGCUAUUCAAGCUCCACAUUUGACUGGAACAACUCUCAAGUUGUUCGUCAGGUUGAUUGAAAUGCCAGCUAUUGGUCCUCUGAUCAUAUCGCAUAUAAAGAAGCAAAAUAGAACUGAUGAGAUUUUGAAGAAAAGUGUGAUGCCGGAGAUACCUAUGUUUAAACCUGAAUUUCCUCCUCAAGAACCAGAGCCCAGUGUUAUUGCUCUAGAAGAAGAUGGGAAGCCUGAAGAUCGAGUUGGAUUAGGCUUCAAGUGUCUCAAACACUAUGAUGCUGCUACCUGUUGGGUGGAUCACACCAAUAUAUCAUUCCGUUACUGGACUAUACGCGACUAUGCAUAUGCCUAUAGGUCUAAGUUUACUACUCCAUCUAUGGUUGCUGAGCGUAUCAUAUCAGUAAUGGAAGAGUUUGCCAACAAUGAGCCUCCAAUGCCCAUGUUAAUCUCUUUUGAUCCUGAAGAAGUAAGAAAGCAAGCAACUGCUUCUACACUAAGGUUUAAGGAAGGAAAUCCAUUAUCAAUCUUGGAUGGAAUUUUCAUGACCAUUAAGGAUGAUAUAGAUUGUUUACCUCAUCCAUCAAAGGGAGGCACGACAUGGUUUCAUGCAGUGCGUCCUGUUAAGAAGGAUGCAGUUUCUGUUUCAAGAUUGCGCAGCUGUGGUGUGGUUUUUGUGGGGAAAGGAAACAUGCACGAGCUAGGUUUGGGAACAACUGGGAAUAAUUCAAAUCAUGGAACAACUAGAAAUCCACAUGCUCCAGAGAGGUAUACAGGUGGAUCUUCUUCAGGUCCUGCAGCAAUUGUUGCUGCUGGCAUUUGUUCAGCUGCACUAGGAACAGAUGGAGGAGGUUCUGUUCGUAUUCCUUCUUCUCUCUGUGGUGUGGUGGGAUUGAAGACUACUUAUGGACGGACAGACAUGAAUGGGGCCUUGUGUGAUGCUGGAACAGUGGAGAUUAUAGGACCAAUUGCAUCAAAUGUUGAAGAUGUCAUUCUUGUGUAUUCAGCGAUACUUGGUUCCUCUCCUGCAGAUAGAAUCAGUUUGAAACCGUCCCCUCCAUGUUUGCCCGAUUUAUCGUCAAGUGAGAACAUAGAUGUUCUGGCUUCAAUAAAAUUAGGGAAGUACACCAAGUGGUUUAAUGAUGUUUUUUCUCCUGAAAUCUCUGAAAAAUGUGACAGAGUUCUUCAGGUGCUUAUAGAAAAGUAUGGUUGCAAAAUGAUGGAAAUCGUAGUACCUGAGCUGGAUGAGAUGCGCACUGCUCAUAUGGUGUCUAUAGGCUCUGAAUCACUUUGCUCCCUCGUUCCCCAUUGCAAUGAUGGGAAUGAUGUGAAACUUAGUUAUGAUACUCGCACUAAUCUGGCCCUUUUCCAGUCAUUCACAGCUUCUGACUAUGUUGCUGCCCAGCGCAUCAGGCGAAGGCUGAUGUACUAUCACACAGAGAUAUUCAACAAAGUGGAUGUCAUUGUGACCCCAACAACUGGUAUGACGGCGCCAGUAAUACCAUCUGAUGCUCUUAAAUAUGGAGAGACUAAUUUGCAGGUCACAGGUAAUCUUAUGCGAUUUGUUAUAACAGCAAAUCUUCUUGGAUUUCCAGCCAUAUCUGUCCCUGUUGGAUAUGAUAAGCAAGGACUGCCAAUAGGUCUACAAUUCAUAGGUCGCCCUUGGGCCGAAGCUACAAUUCUGCGUUUGGCUGCUGCAGUUGAGGAGCUCAAUCUGGAGCCUAAGAAGAAACCUAAAAUCUUUUAUGACAUUUUAAAGAGGACCAGCUGAUUUCUUAUUGGAAUGAAGAAAUGAGUAGCUAGGGAGACUAACCAUGUCAUUCGAUCGAUCGGAUGCAAUUUCUUAAUAAAAAAAUUAAAAGGUUUACUUGUUUGUUUAAGGAUCUCAAAUUCAUUUUAUUGUUGUGUUAUAAAAUGAGUGUAACUUAUGGUGUGUUAUAAACUUGCAUUGAAAUAAAAUACAAAUGUGUGUAAUUUAUGGUGUGUUAUAAAAUGGGUGUAACUUAUGGUGUGUUAUAUAAUGGGUGUAACUUAUGGUGUGUUAUAAGCUUGCAUUGAAAUAAAAUAGAAAUGGGUGUAGUUUAUGGGGUGUUAUAAAUGAAGAUUAUCGUUGUUUG